AUGAAUAAAGACACUAAUACUUAGUAAUAUUUAUUGAGAUUAAUAGCGAUACUCUUAUAAAGGUUGUGAUAGUAGGAAACUGCAAUGUCGGAAAAUCUUGCAUUUUAAUGAGAUAUUCUGAAAACUAUUUUACGUCUUAAUAUUACAAUACGAUUGGUGUAGACUUUGUAUUUAUCGAUCUUAUUUAGAGAAAACUAGGGUGAUUAAAAUAGGGCAUUAAAAUGUGAAAUUGCAAAUUGUAUUUAUUUUAAGUAAAUUCAGUGGGAUACAGCAGGACAGGAAAGAUUUAAAGCACUAACAAAUAACUAUUAUAGGGAUGCUCAUGGAGUUGUCAUAGUUUAUGAUGUGACUGAAAGAUCUACAUUUGAUGCAGUGGAUAGCUGGAUUGAGGAUAUAGACAAGUAAUGAUUUACUUAAGCCAUUUAACAAAGGUAUGGGAGAAAAUCUGUUUAAAAAUUAAUAGUCGGAAAUAAGGCUGAUGUACCAAAUAAAAGAAAAAUAAGCUUAUAGGAAGGGAAGGAGAAAGCAAAACAAUUUAAUGCAUAAUUUCUUGAAACAUCUGCUAAAACAUCUGAAAAUGUGGAUAAAUUAUUCAUUUCUAUUUGUGAGCAAGUCAUGAAUAUGAAAUAGUAAUAGCCUUACAAUCAGAAUAAUAAUUUAGCUUAAUAACAAUAGAAUUAAUCCUAGAAUAGGAAUAAUAGUAAUGGCUGUUGCUGA